AGGACGACCAGGCCUUCGUGCGAAGGAUCCGAAUGACCUACAUGGACAAGGUCACCAAGGACCAUGACAAGCACGACCUGCUGGAGGAUCUGGAGGAGCUGGGAAAAGAGACGCCAGGUUGGGUCUACGAUACCAUGACCAUCAUGCCGUACCUGGCGUCGAGCACCUUCACUUUGGCCUCCAUUUUCAUUGUGCUGCAGUACGGAAUGAAGUUUCAAACUUUUCAAGAGGAGAUGUGGUGGAAGGGAUCUUUGAUAGGCCUGGGAUUGGUCCUGGGUGUAUUGGACAUAGUCCGCGUGGUGAUGAUGACUUUGGUGGAACUGCGCAAGUUCGAGAAUCGCCGCAAGGCGAAAGACGGCCAGUUCCUCCCCAGGCGCAUCCGCAGAGAAAACGAGAAGGACUACCAACCAGCCCCACCUCCGCGGCUGUGGAAGCAGGCCGUUGCAGCGCCACCUGUGCCCAAGGGCCCGGCCAUUACCACUGCCCCGCCACGGCCGGCCUUCCUGCCGCCGCCCCCACAGCAGCCGGCUCUGCCGGGCCCCGGCUGAAGCCAAGUCAAAGUUCUCAGAGCAAAGGUCUACGCCGCAAAGAG